AUGAUCGCAGUCCAAUACCUGAGGAUAUGGCGGCCCUCAAUACGGACGAUCAGGGCCCCAGUGACUAGGCAAUCCUUGCGCUUGCAACAAUGUGCCUUCUCGGAGGGCCGCAGGUUCCUCCAAGAUGCCGGGUCCGCGUCAAACGGGGACGCCGUAAAGGGAGGAAACGAGGCGGCGGCCCAACGGAAGGAAUCGCAGAAUGAUGAUACCGAGUUCAAGAAGAUGCGCACGCGCGUACUAGGAGAUCCAAGUACCAAGGAGCUCUAUAGCGAGUCCCAUCCGAGGCUCAAGACCCAGGAAGGGCGCAUGUCUAUUCCUCAAUUCAAGAAACGUUGGCAGCCUCAAAAGACCCCUGAUACCUCCAAGCUCGUGACACUCUACGGCCGUAUCCAAUCCAUCCGCAAGCAUGGCAAUAAACUCAUCUUCCUCACCAUCGUCAACGAGGUCGAAACCAUCCAGGGCAUGAUCAACCUCAAGAUGGUCCAGCCCAUGACUAAAGAGGCCUUCAAACUCUUCGGUCGCUUGAUCGAGCGGGGUGAUCAUAUAUCCCUCACCGGCAAACCGACUCGCAGCAGCACGGGCGAACUCGUUCUCGAAGCCCGCGUCCUCCCCGAGCUCCUCGCGCCCGCGAUGGAACCCAUCCCCGAAUCCCUGACGGACCCGGAGACCAAAUCCCAGAAACGCCACGUCGACAUGCUGGUCAACCGGGAGGUGGCCGACACGCUGCGGUUGAAAUCGCACAUCAUGCAGUUCAUCCGGGACCAGUUCGUGCGCGACGACUUCCUCGAGGUGCAGACGCCGAUCCUCGCCCACCACGCCGGCGGCGCCGUGGCGCGCCCCUUCGUCACGCGGGCCACCGAGUUCCCGGACAAGGAGCUCUCCCUCCGCGUGGCGCCCGAGCUCUGGCUCAAGCGCCUCGUCGUGGGCGGCCUGAACAAGGUCUUCGAAAUGGGGCCCUCCUUCCGCAACGAGGGCAUCGACGCCACCCACAACCCCGAGUUCACCAUGUGCGAGUUCUACAGCGCCUACACCAACCUCGACGACCUCAUCCGCAUCACCGAGUCCCUCCUGCAGGGGCUCGCCGUCCGCUGCGACGAGCUCAUCCGCGACAAGCUGACCUCCCUGCAGCCCAUCGACGUGGCCAAAUUCGCCGCCCCGUUCCCGCGGGUCGAGUUCAUCCCGGCGCUGGAAGACAGCCUCGGCUUCCGCCUCCCCAACCUGUCCGCGCGCGACGCCCUCCCCGAGCUCCUCGCCGUGCUGAAACUGGCGGGCAUCCCGCUCCCGGGCGGAGACGAGAACGUCCCCGCCACGCUGGCCAAGCUGCUCGACCGCCUGGCGGCCGUGUACCUCGAGCCGCGGUCGUUCGAGCGCCCCACCCUGAUCGCCCACCACCCGGCCUGCAUGUCGCCGCUGGCCAAGAGCUUCCUGUGCCCGCGCACGGGCCAGCUCGUGGCGGCGCGGGCUGAGCUGUUUGUUGAUGGUCGUGAGCUGGCGAAUAUGUACGAGGAGGAGAAUGAUCCUAGUGCCCAGGCUCGGAAGCUGGCGGAGCACCGGGCCAUGAGCGCCCGGAGACCUUCGCCGGCUUCUUCCUUUGCCCAUGCCGAAAGUGAGGGCGAGGGCGAUCGAGCGGGGCGGGAUGAUGACGCCGACAUGGAUGCCGCGCCGCUGGACAAGAGCUACAUCAAAGCCAUGGAGGCUGGUCUACCGCCCACGGGGGGUUGGGGCUGCGGCGUGGAGAGGUUGGUGAUGCUCUUCUCCGGGGCGAAUAGGAUUAGCGACUGUUUGACGUUUGGGACGCUGCGGAAUGUGGUGGGGUUGACGUCGGAAGGUCCGGGGCAGGGCGCCGAGCAUGAUCGAAUGGCGGCGCAGGAGGAGGGUACUGGAGGUGAUCAGGACGGCGAGAAGUCCGUGUAA